AUGGAUAUUUCUGAUGCUAAUGUAACUAUUACAUAUGAUCUGAACGACACCCCAGCGGUACCUGCCGUAAAAGAAGAAGGCUUAUCUAUUUUGUGCUUCGUGGCGGCACUCAGUCACGCUGUCAGCGAAGAAGUUCUUUUUGGACCAAAUACAUGGGCAGUUCUCGUUGCUGGUUCCAAUGGCUGGGAUAACUACAGGCAUCAGGCUGAUUUCUGCCAUGCUUACCAUUCCCUUAUUCGAAAAGGUGUUCCACAGGAAAACAUUAUAACCCUCAUGUAUGAUGAAAUCGCCCAAAACCCCGAGUAA